AUGGACCUCCUCGAGCAAGCAGUUGGACGAGAUGGCCGCGUCCUCGCCCUCAAAGCAUCAACACCGGCACGGGAAUGGGCCUGCUCCCUGAAUGCGAGUCGAUCUCUUGUGCACGCAUCGCUGAUUGCUCGGUAUCUCGAGCGUAUGAAUAUAUCCGCUGAGCCUGCCAUACAUGUCCCUCGUGCACUGUUCUCGGCGGCUAUGAUAUACCUGUGUGUCGCGCAGUAUGCACCCAAUAAAGUCAUCAAUAUGGAGGCUUUCGCGUCGCCAGAACUCAAAUUGCUUGGUGAGGGGGCCGCGUACGGUGCAUGCUUCCCUGAGCAUGCUCAGAGUAGUGAGGACUCUAUGGUUACGGAUAUUGACCAAUUGUACGGCAUGGUUGACUUGCUGCAGCGAGGUGGGCGCUGGGGUAUCUCACAAGCUUUUGCCGGCGUGCUUUCUUCGGCACUGGAGGAAGGCAAGGGUGGUAUUUGA